AUGAAGUCCACCCUCACCCUCACAACCCUCACCCUCGCCCUCGCCCUCACGGCAACACCCUCCCUGGCCAUCUUCACCACCCUCCCCGCCUCCAAGCCCGCCUCCGACGUCCUCCUCCCCCCCACCACCGGCACCCACGCCGCCGCCCUCCCCGCCACCCUCACCGGCGCCGCCUACACCUCCCUCGCCACCGCCCUCUACAGCGUCCAGAAAAAGUACGAAAACGACGCCCGCUUCGGCACCGUCCUCCGCGACGUCUACUCCGCCGCCGCAAAGGCCACAAACUCCAAGGUCGUCGUCCCCGACCUCGUCAUGACCGGCUGGGACUGGGCCCGCGUCACCGACGCCCCCUGGUACGACAAGAACAUGCCCAAGGGCGACAGGGAGUACGUCUCGCAGUACCUGAGCGAGUACAACCACGUCUAUCAAAAGUUUGUCAGCGACGGCAAGGACGGGUCCGACGGUGAGAAGAAGAGCGCGGCGGGCAAGAACGGCGCCAGUCUCGUUGCCAUUGCCGCGGUUGUGGCAGUCAUGGCGCUGUAG